AUGUUUAAGAAAAAGGUUCAAAACAUUUUAUCUGUGAUAAAUAAAAAGAAUAUUUUUUCACGAAAUUAUAAUAGUUACAAUUUAGCACAGGAAAUCAUUAACCAACCAAUAACAAGAAUAAGUGAAUUAUCAAAUAAAUUAAAAAUAGCAACAGUUAAAAAUAAUUGUGAAAUACCAACUAUUGGAAUAUGGAUAAGUAGUGGUAGUAAAUAUGAAAAUAAAUUUAAUAAUGGAGUAGCUCAUUUUUUAGAACAUAUGAUAUUUAAAGGAACAAAAAAAAGGAAUAGAAUUCAAUUAGAAAAAGAGAUUGAAAAUAUGGGUGCUCAUCUGAAUGCAUAUACAGCAAGAGAACAAACAGGUUAUUAUUGUAAAUGUUUUAAAGAAGAUGUAAAAUGGUGUAUAGAAUUAUUAAGUGAUAUUUUAACUAAUAGUGUAUUUGAUGAGAAUUUAAUUGAAAUGGAAAAACAUGUAAUACUAAGAGAGAUGGAAGAAGUAGAAAAAUCAAAAGAUGAAGUAAUUUUUGAUAAAUUACAUAUGACUGCAUUUCGAGAUCAUCCAUUAGGAUAUACCAUAUUAGGACCUGUAGAAAAUAUAAAAAAUAUGAAAAGACAAGAUAUAAUAAAAUAUAUUCAAAAAAAUUAUACUUCAGAUAGAAUGGUUUUAUGUGCAGUUGGUGAUGUAGAUCAUGAAGAAAUUGUUAAGUUAGCUGAAAAAAAUUUUAGUCAUUUAAAACCUCAACCAAAAAGUAUUUUAAAAAGUUUAGAUGAAAAACCCUUUUUUUGUGGUUCUGAAAUAAUAGUAAGAGAUGAUGAUUCAGGACCAAAUGCUCAUGUAGCUGUUGCAUUUGAAGGGGUCGAAUGGAAAUCACCUGAUUCUAUAACAUUUAUGUUAAUGCAAUGUAUAAUUGGUAGUUAUAAAAAAAAUGAAGAAGGAGUUUUACCCGGAAAAUUAUCAGCUAAUAGAACUGUUAAUAAUAUAUGUAAUAAAAUGACUGUAGGAUGUGCUGAUUAUUUUACAUCUUUUAAUACAUGUUAUAAUAAUACUGGAUUAUUUGGUUUUUAUGUUCAAUGCGAUGAAAUAGCUGUUGAACAUGCACUUGGUGAACUUAUGUUUGGAAUAACAUCAUUAAGUUAUAGUAUAACUGAUGAAGAAGUUGAACUAGCCAAAAUUCAAUUAAAAACACAACUUAUUAGCAUGUUCGAAUCUAGUUCCACUUUAGCUGAAGAAGUUUCUAGGCAAAUUUUAGUUUAUGGACGUAAAAUAACAUUAGCUGAAUUUAUUUUAAGAUUAAAUGAAAUUGAUACAGAAGAAGUUAAAAGAGUAGCAUGGAAAUAUUUACAUGAUAGAGAUAUAGCAGUUGCUGCUAUUGGGGCCUUACAUGGUAUGCCACAAUACACAGAUUUGAGACAAAAAACUUACUGGUUGAGAUAUUAA